UGUGUGUGUGUGUCCGUGUGUGUGUGUGUAAGGAAGCAGAGGAGGCGGUCACACACGCGUGUGCUUCAGGGGCAGCAGACUGUUGGCUGAAGAGAAGUCAAAGCAGAGAAGAGAAGCAGCUUGUGUGUGAGAGCAGCUGCAGCAGGAUGGAUGUGACAUCACACUGCAGUGGCUGUGACAUCACAGAGAGUGGAGCCAAUCAGAAACAAAUCCAAUGCGAAUGUGCUUUGAGCCAGACAGCAGCCAAUGGGACGCUCCCACAUCACAACACAGAGGAGGCCCCUCCUCCUCUCUCUGAUAGGUCAGAGGACGGUGACAGUGGGGACGACUCUUUAAUGGACAGCUCCUCCACCAAUGACGUCUCUCGGCUCCUGCCCACCCAGCCAGCUUCUGCGCUCCGGAAACAGAAAGGUGUGGACAGCUCAUCAAUGUCUCCUCCGCCUCCUGUCUGUACUCCUCCACCUUCCUCUGUCACCUCCCCUCCUCCUCCUCUUCCUUCAUCCCAGACGUCCAUCUGUGCCACACACGGCUGCAGCCUUCCUCAUCAUCACCAUCGUCGUCAUCAGCACGGCACCAAUCCGAAGCGUCUCUCCUCGACAAGAAGCGACGCCUCCUUGAAGACAGACGCUGCCCACAUUAAGGAGGUCGCUGGAGAUGACUGUUGUGUUCACUGUCUCCUGGCCUGUCUGUUCUGCGAGGUUCUGUCCAUGUGUUCGGCUCUGGGGGAGUGUCUGGCGUGUGGAGUGGGCGGAGUUGGUUGCUGCGAUGCUGCAGUUAGCUGCAGCUGUUGCAUGGAGGCAGCCUGCACAGAGGAGGCGUGUCAGGCCGUGUUGGAUUGUGGGAUACUGGAGGGCUGCUGUGGCUCGUCAGACUGUUUGGAGAUCUGUCUGGAGUGCUGCUCCAUCUGCUUCCCAACAUAGAACAGCCAAUCAGAAAAGGACUACAAGAUGAUGUCAGAGCCCUGGAAGAACAUGGACUGUUCUGCAGGUGGACCAAAGUUCUCCUCCAAUUAAAACCUUUACCUGUUGUCUAAUUGUCUUCACUCACACGUCCUUGUUGGACAGACAGGUGGACAUCUGUCUGUCAGUCCUCUUGUCCCUUCAGAGUCCUCUGUAUAAAAUGCAUUAACGUUGUCAUACACCAUCAUUUAUUGGUUUCUUGGAUAUUUUGGUGCAAAAAGAAUAUAAUAUUUCUGGAGUAGAAAUACACAAACACAAAAUGUGAAGUACAAGUAUCUAGUGUGCUGUGUAAGUAUUGUACUUGAGUAAGCUCAGCAAUGUACUUCUGGAAAACUAAAACUCCAAAGAUUGUCAACUUAAAUAAACUCCAGCUCAGCUCCGGGUCUGUGAUUGACAGCUCAGGAGGAGGCGGGAUGGGUGGGACAGGAAGUGGGUCCUGCUGGGACAGGAAGUGUGUGUGUGUUUGUUGAAGCGACAUGCCAGGACGUCCAAACAGGAAGCAGGAAAUCACUGAAAUGACAACGGCACCUGACCCUGACCCCACCAAAGACACACACACACACAUCACAAUAAAAACAAUAGUCUUGAUUUUUCCACAGAUUUCACCCAAAAACACUGAUCUCCAAACAGUUUUUGUGUUUUAAACCUGAGGCUCAUGAGAUAAAUGUGCUAAACAAAAUCUGAGUUUUCUCUCUCACAUUUCUCGAAACCCUCUGACUU